AUGUCUCUAUCCGAUCUUCCUCGUGCUCCACGCAAAACCAACGAUCCCAAGCAGCUGGGCUAUUGGAAACUUGGGAGGAUUCUUGGUCAAGGAGCCUCAGGUCGUGUCAGAAUUGCAAGACACGCUAAAACGGGACAAAUGGCCGCCAUCAAGAUCAUUCCCAAGAAUCUAUUAGCCUCUCAACGACAAGAACAGUCUCUUCGGCGAGAAGUUGUCCUAAUGAAACUCAUCGAGCAUCCGAAUAUCAUGAAACUUUACGAUGUCUGGGAUUUGCCUGAUGAACUCUUUCUAGUCCUUGAAUACGUCCAAGGUGGAGAACUCCUCGAGUACUUAUCCAAAGCAAUAGAAUCUGGUCAAAAGUCCAUUCCUUUAUCUCAAGCACUAUCAUACUUCCAGCAGAUCAUCCUCGCUGUUAGCUAUUGUCAUCGUUUCAACGUAUCGCACCGAGACCUCAAACUCGAGAAUAUCCUCGUAGAUUCGGAUAACAAUAUCAAAAUCGCUGAUUUUGGGCUCGCGAGCUUCCAACCAGACUCCAUUGUCCGCACUGCAUGCGGGAGUCUUCACUACUGUGCUCCUGAGGUUGUGACAGGCUAUGGAAACUACAAUGGACCAAUGGCCGACGUCUGGUCUUGCGGCAUCAUUCUCUUUGCUCUCUUGACGUGCAGCCUUCCAUUUAACCCCGAGAAUGACGAUGAUCUGAAGGAUGAAAUCAUACAUGCGGAAGUGCCUUUUCCCACUGGCCUCGACUCCGAUGCUCAAGACUUGAUCUCAAGGAUGCUAACCAAGAAUGUUCAAGAGAGAAUCACGAUGUCCAAAAUUCAACGACACCCCUUCUUCUUGUCCGAGAAGCCCAAGAUCACCUACGGCGGUAUUCCUAGCCUCGAGACAAUCUCUGUGCCUUUGAAGUCGAUUGACGACAUUGACCUCGAACUCCUGCGAAGCCUUCGUACACUGUGGCGCGAGGCUCCGGACGAGGAAUUGAAGAAUAGUCUUGUCAAUCCAGAUCGAAACUGGCAGAAAGGCGCAUACUAUCUGCUA